AUGCCAGCGGCGCAACAGACCACGCGCUCCGGCAAUGGGGAUCUCAAAUGGGAGGACUUCGAGCCUCUAGCAACCAAGUGCGCAGCGCUCAUCCACCUCAACAAGAACGUCGCGGAGGCGAAAGCCUUCGCCACGAAAUACUCGAUCCCCCGCCCGGCGGACGACAUCCUCGCCGUGUUCUGCGACGGCUCGGCAUCGGCGCGGCUCUCAGCAGCAGGCGUCGCGCGCGCGCGCCUAGCAGGCGGCAAGCGCUGCAAGAUCAAGACGCAAAACCGGCGGUGGGUCAGCUCCGGCGUGGCGUACAAGGCGGACCCGGGCGCCGAGGCGUGGCAGCUCGAGGGCUACCCGGGCGCGGGGCUGUGGACCAGCACCAACGGCGAGGUGGACGCGCUGGGCCGCGCCGCGGCGCUGGCCGCCGACCGCGCGCUGGCCGACUUGACGUUCAGCAAGGUCUACUGCUUCACCGACCACCUCAACGUCCUCGACGUCUUGGCGGGCCUGCCCGCGACGCGCAGGCUGCCGUACCGGUGGGACCUCCCGCUGCUGCUGGACGUCAUGAAGGGGCUCGUCCGGCUGGCAGAGCGGCCCGGCGUCGAGGUCCGCCUCUACUGGGUGCCUUCGCACUGCGGGGUGCCCGGGGAGGAGAUGGCGGAUAAGGCGGCGCACAUGGCGCGCCCGGACGUGCUGUUGCCGAGGGAGUACCCCGUCGUCGGGCCUGCAGUCCGGGUCGACGAGCCGCCGCAGCGCCUCGGCCCGGCUUCGAAGUACUUGAAGAACCGGCGUACGAGCGCGCGGAAGAAGCGUCAGAAGGCGAGGCUAUCCGCAGAGCUUGAUGUUACCUACGGACGGCUGGAGAAGUACGAUGAGGACGGAAAUGGCCAUGGUCGGGCGGAGAGUGAUGCGGAUGCAGAUGGCCAUGGUCAGGCUGGACUUCAUUCCCCCGAGUAA